ACCCCCACCUGCAGACCCGCCAACCCUGAAGACAAACCCCACCCUGCAGACCCCCCACCUGCAGACCCCCCCGCCCUGCAGACCCCCCCACCCUGCAGACCCUGACCCCAAAGACCCCACCCUGAAGACCCCCACCCAGACGCAGACCCCCACCCUCCCCCCCAACCCUGAAGACAACCCCCCCUGCAGACCCCUCAACCCUGAAGACAAACCCCACCCUGCUGCAGACCCCCCCCUGCAGACCCCUCACCCUGAAGACACCCCCACCCUGCAGACCCCCACCACCCUGCAGACCCCCCAGCCUGCAGACCCCCCCAGCCUGCAGACCCCCAGCCUGCAGACCCCAAACCCUGAAGACAACCCCCACCGCAGACCCCCACCCUGCAGACCCCCCAACCCUGAAGACCCUCCCCACCCUGCAGACCCCCCCACCCUCACCCUGCACCCCCCACCAGACCCCCCAACCCUGAAGACAACCCCCACCCUGCAGACCCCCCCCACCCUGCAGACACCACCCUGCCCACUGCAGACCCCCUGA